GAUCGAUAACGUCAUUACGAUCGGAUCGGUGAUAGAGAGACAAUCAGAAUGCAACAUGGCGGAUGAACACAGUGAAGAUGAUGAAAGAACAAAACGAGAUGCACGUAUUGUGAAUAGUACUAUUCUCAGAGCUACCAAUGGUCCUCUUAUUCCAGGCGGAUAUUACACCUGCUUUCUUAGAGUUUACUCACCAACCAGCGAAGAUGGGAAAUCUUACUACGUCAAUGGACCAGCAAUGAAACCAAUUCAGCUUAGGCAUCUCAAAGUCAUGUCAGAAGUUCCUCACCCUGGAAUGAAUUAUAGCGCAAUAGUCACAUCAGUCUCUUGCAUUCUUCUCAUCAUCAUCAUGAUAAUAAUCAUCAUUGGAAUCUCCCUCAACAGGCGUAAAAGAUCUAAUGAAGCCGAAGUUGCCCCUAAGUCAUCGGACAAUGAACCCCAGACAAAGCAGAGUGAGCAAACCGCUGACCAUUACUCCCGAUACAACCAACUUUCUGGACAACAACCAGCAGAAGAUAUCUACGAAACCCCUGACGCUCUACUAGAGGAUGAUGAAUAUCAAAUGGUUCCAUUUGAAUCGAAUUAUGCUGUGAAAUCAGCAAACCUACAGAAUAUGGAGUAA